AUGGGCCAGUUAACUAUUCACUGGUUCACAUGCAACCACUUGUAUCCCCAGUGGAACGCUUUCGUGCCUUUCGGAGGUCGACCUGACCAAGACAUUGCCCCAGCCGCGGCCAUACAUGCCUCUAUUUGCCCUGAAUGCCUUACACCACUAACCAACUGCAACAAGUUGUUCAAGGAGAAGCUGAUGUCCGUGAAAAUGCUAGAAAUAAUCCUCGAUAUUCCGGUAACCGAUGGCGAGUUCAUACACUCUAUGGUUCAUUUCUAUGCUAGAGGAGACCAUUUAAGAUGGGAACAACCAAUCACUCCUGGGGCUAGGUUUCUCCCCGGGGACCCAUAUCUAGAUUCAUUGGAAGAAGAGUCUUAUAUGAACACCUGCGAUGAGGAAAGCGACUUCGGCCUCAAUGUGCGGUGGAUUAACUAUCUACCCAAGUCCACGUACUUUUACUUCUCUUUGAUGCCUCUGAUUAUACAUGAUAUCCCUUACGCCACCAUCCAGCAGGCGGAAGCUGAGCAUCAGACUCCUGCAACUGCGCAGAGGGUUCAGACGCCACCGGUGGCUCAUCCUUUCGUGCAAAUGGAUCCGUCUGUGGCCCAGAGUGACCCAUUCGUUAGCAAUCCCGCGUCAGCAUCUCGAGGGUCCAAUGCUCAAAUGGUCCCCGGUCCUAAUGGGCCGAUGUAUUGGCUCAGGAAGAUACCCAAAAUCAACACAGGACCAAGGAUCCUUAGGAGAAAAUCAUGCCCCGACAGAACGCCCCCGUCUUCCUCCGGCGACGAGACUUGGUCCAUGGUGUCAGACUCUCCUGAUGGAAGAUGGGUCCCCUGUAUCGAAGCAUCCUCUCGUACCAACCCAUCGGAGACCGCGAUGGACAAUGAUAGUGAAAACUCGCCCAUAAACAGCGCUGCCGACACGUCAGUGCCCGCGACCGAGAAUGAGUACCAGGAAAGUGCAUCAUUUACUGAUGAUGAUCAACUCUCGCAAUCUGCUGACGUGAUAGCCUCAGUCACCUCGUCCGAUAGCCCUCUAGUUGCUCCCAACAUGGAGCCGGACGUCCUCGAAUACCAGUCCAGCCCCGUCGAAAGCAAUCCCUGGUUGCUUUCCUCUGAGAUGAUGCGAGAACAUAGCCUCCAAGUAAGGUCCCCAGAUGAAAGCUCGUCAGUGCUCUAUCCGGUGAAUGAGAACACACCCCUGGAUGAUUUUAUGCUAUCCGAUCCCUGUCCCGAUCUGCCUGCAGAAGAGCCGCAGUCAUUGCAAGAUCUCCUCGCAACUGAACUGGAGAUAGACCCUAAUGGUUAUGACCUAGAAUGUGAAUGCCAACAGGAUAUUUCAUUUGGGUGUGACUUCAUUCUAUACGAUUCCGAGACAGACUCGACCCAAGCUAUUGAGCUCGACGAUCUUGAUAAUAGAAGCUACUAUCCAGACAUUAUAUGA